GCCAGGUCUCUGACUGGCACCCAGGUGGCACAGAGCCUGCCUUCCUGCCUGCCACGCUCUCUCCGCACACAGAUUGUGCUGGCAUGUGCCUCUGUGUCCAUCCCACAUGUGAUGCCUCUCCCUUCUCCAGGCUGCUAAACUACUUCCCCUUCUCUCUUCAGACCCCUCCACCCCUCCUGAGCCAUCUUGGCUAGUCUGCUAACUAAUAAAGACCUGGAUUUUACCUGCUCCUCCCCUCCCUCUGCACUGCCUUCAAGAGCUGGAACAGUCAGUGCUCAAGCUUCCAGUAGCCCUGACCACCACAUAGACCACUCACAUGAGGGAGACAGCAGCACAGGGGUGGCCCAGAGCUACUGGCUCUCCCUUCGCUGACCCCCAGGGCUCCAGCCAGGAGUCUUGCCUGGAAGCUGAAAGUGGCCAAGGGCUGCAUGAGUGGAGCAGUGAGAGGAAAGGUAGGUUGAGAUGAGGAGAGGGAGGCUUUGGCUCUGUCUCUUGAGCCCUUUGACCUCUUCCCCCUCUGUCCCCUCCCUUCAGAUGGACAGCCCUGAACCAUAGGGUCGAUACUGUCUGCAGCUCAAGGCCAAGUUUGCGCAAAGCCCACGUGUCCUUUGGGUAAUGUGAUGUCUGUGUUUGCUCAGCUUAUAACUCUCUUGCCAGGGUCUGAGGUCCUUAGAAUAGGAACCCUGCAGGAGAGGGUCUGCAAAUGACCUAAUAGUGUUGUACAAACUGAAUGGGGGUGAGGUGGAGGCAUUGCCUGAGAAUCCAUGAGCACUACCCCACCUCGCCUUGAGCAGGUCAUUCUCUAAGGAGACCAUCUGUGGAAUCUUCUGGUGUCUCUGCUUCACUCUGCAGUGACUCCCCCUCUCCCAGAUGUAGCUCUCUUCCCUCCAGCGACAGCUUCAGUCCCCAGGGCAGAGACUGAGGUGAGGUGAAGUGAGGCACUCCCUUGCGGGUACAGUUUUCAGGAUAUGCCAAAAAUGCAUCAGUCAAGAGGAAUAGUAGCUCAAUGCAAUGUCUGAAAAAAAAAUCAAAGUCAAUGCAAUAGAUAUAUAAUAUAUAUGUAUAUAUAUAAUAUUUAUCUUGUGAUAUGAGAAAAAGAGUAGGUCCAUCUUCUUCCAGAGCCUCUGCUCCCUGACUCUCUAGCUCCGGCCCUGCCUCUAAACUCCAGCAAGCAGCUCUCUUAAUCACUCGGGAUAAAGUCUACUUUCUUACCCAUCCCCAAGCUUGGUGCUACCCCCACCCCAGCCCCCAUCCAGGUUGGAGGUAGGGCGGGCCUGUGAGGCAGAUGGCUGGGGUAUUUAUAACCCAGGAGCACUUCUUGGGGAAAGUGACUAAGAUGCUAAGAGCAUAUUUAUAGCUGGGUUCUGACGUAAGUGUCAGUGGGGAGGUAGGGUUGGGCUGGGCAUAGCAGCAAGAGGGGUAGGAAGAGUUGGAAAUUGGGGGCACCUGACAAUGAGGGUAGGGAGAGCUGGGGUCAACGACUCCUACAGCAGCCACCUCUAGCUACUUCCCUUAAUUCUGUCUCCUGGCACCAAUAGAUAAAACCCAGAAGGUACCACCAUGGGCAGAAGUCUUGGCUUUGCAGCUGAACAUUCCAGACACCAGGGUAAGGGGGCUGUCACAUACCAGUGGACAGAAAAAGCACUGGGACUUGGGAAAAGCACUGGGCACAAGGGUCUGAAUAUGUGUCAAGACCCGUGGGCAGGAGAGUUUGUCUCAUUGCCCCUUGGCCCUCCUCCCAGCCCACAGUGCCCUGAGCUGCUAGGAGGACCGUGGCACCUAUUGCCAAGCCCCACUGCCACGUGUCAGUGUGACAAGGUCCAAAAGCAAAGGUAGUGGUGAUGUAGGUUCUGCUGCGAGCCUCUGCUCACUGGCAGCACUGAGGGAAAUAGCAGAGGGGCCGGCUUCUUUGGCUCCUGUUGGGGAGGCAGUGACCCCAGAUGGAGAGACUGGGAAACUCUAGGCAUCUCUCCCCCUCCCCAAACAGCCUCUUCCCAGAGAAACUGGUCAUCACUCAGCCUGCGGCUGUCCAGCGGCGCACCACUGCCACAUGGUGGUCACUGCUGGUACUGACAUCAGCCCUGCACCCAGAGUGCCCGCUUCCUUCCCCCAGCAGCCAGACUGGGUAGUGGAUAGUCCCUGGCAAGUUAAAUCCUGGGAGAAAUCAGCUGGGGCUUGGGGAUUGGGCACAUUUCCACAUCACAUUCUGUUCCUCCCAGAACCUUGAAGGAUAAAAUCUAGCCUGAGGCAUACUCUCAUGCAUCACGAUGGUUGGGGUAUUGGGGGGGGGGGGUGACUACUUAACCCUUCCUCUACCACCUAAAAUGUGUGAGGGCAUCUGGUGGAGGCUGUGGAGUGGAUGGAUCACUGGGCUCUCAAAAUGAGGUUCCUGAGUUUGAGUCUUGGCCUUGCAUGUAUCAGAUUUAUGUUCUGGUUCUUCUCUCUCAUUACUUUUAAAUUUUUAAUAUAUUUAUUUAUUAUUGAAUAGAGACAGAGAAAUUGAGAGGGGAGAGAGGGAAAGAGACAGAGAGACACCAGCAGCCUGUUUCACUGCUCAUGAAGCUUCCUCCCCACAGGUGAGGUCUGGAGGCUUGAACCCGGUACCCAUACAUUGUAAUGUGUGCAUUUAACCAGAUAUACCAACAACAUACUUUUAUAUAUUUAAAAAAGUGAAAUCGUGUGUGGUCCAGGAGGUGGUGCAGUGGCUAGAGUGUUGAACUCUCAAGUAUGAGGUCCUGAGUUCAAUCCCUGGCAGCACAUGUACCAGAGUGAUGUCUGGUUCUUUCUCUCUCUCCUCCUAUCUUUCUCAUGAAUAAAUAAAAUCUUUUUUUAAAAAGUGAAAUAGGGGUUGAAUGGCAGCACACCUGGUUGAGUACACUUGUUACAAUUCACAAGGACCCAGGUUCAAGCCCCCAGUCUCCACCUACAGGGGAAAAGCUUUGCAAGCGGUAAAGCAGUGCUGCAGGUGUCUCUAUUUCCCCCUAGCCUCUCGAUUUCUGGUUGUCUCUACCCAAUAAAUAAAUAUUUUAAGAUAAUUAAAAAAUAAAUGUGAAAUUUAAAAAGUAUGUGAGGAAAUGUGGUAGCCAAGGAAAUCUGGGUUUAGAAACAAGGUUGCUGCACUCACCUUCUGGUCCCCACCCUCCCACAGGCCCCCAAUAAACAGAGACCUGACCCAAUGUCUUGGAUGUCCCAAAUGUAGGCAAUUCUCCAGUCCCCUGAAAGUAACUGAGUACAAGUCCCAUAGCCUCCUGCCAGCUUUGAUGGACUCUGCCCUGCUCCAAGAUUGCAUCACCCCCACCUCUCUAGGUUUUCCCAGACAUGACAGCUACGUGCCACUCACCCACCCGUGUUCCGGCCCUCUUCCACGUUGUGUUCCAGUCCAGUUGGACUCUGGGCAGCCAGCACAGGCAGGGUCAGGGGAUGACUUCUAUGCCCUGUAGUACUGCCACCUUGGCCUGAACAAGAGGACUCCGUUCCUUCCACCCCACCGCAAUCCCUCACCCCCAUCCCAGUCUCAUUACUAGAAAUAAAGAGCCCAGAGUUCUCUCUCCCACCCUGAGACCCCAGAAAUAAAAACCACUGGAACUCACAGCUGCCUGGUGGAUGUGGUGCAUCGGGGUGACCUGGCAAGCCGGAAAGACUGAGAGUGUGUGGGAGCAACAAGCACUCCCCCAGCCUGCACACAUGAGGUGUUUCCCCCAGCCCGGACCUCGGGGACUGAGCAUGUGAAAUCAUCCUCUUUCUUGCAUCAUGCAUAUCUACAGUGCCCCUCACCCCCAUACCCCUACCUCAAGCUCCUGACCAGGACCUGAUGGUGAAACCUGAAGUGGGGGAGAGGACCUCCACCCCCAGCAGGGACAUGACGGGCAGCUCAGCCAGCCAAUCCUGGGACUUAGGCCUGCCCGCUGACCUCUAGGUGAGGAAGCCCCCGUCCAGGGCUCUAAAGAGAACCAGACUUGAGCCGUGACAGUCUGGCAGGUAGACGGGGUCAAACCCAGCUUCCCCUCAGAUUCUCAUCUCUCUGGCCCCCUGAGCCCCAGGCACUGGAAGGCCAGGGUAAGUAUCACAGCUGCCUGUGCUGCAUCCCCACUGGCCUCCACGCAAGCAAACAACAGAAGAAGCAACCUCGAGCCAGCGGGCCCACCCAGGGCCAUCCGUCCAGUACACCAGGAACAUGGGCCUCCCUGAUGUCCAGCUCCCGCUGAUGCUGCUGUGGGCAUUGGUGUGGGCUCAGGGGGCAGAGUCUGCAUGUUCCUCCUGCGGAAACCCCACACUGACUCCCCAUGUGGAACGAGCUCUGGUCCUGGAACUCGCCAAGCAGCAGAUCCUCAAGGGGCUGCAGCUGCCGGGUCGCCCGCGAGUGACCCAUCCUCCACCGCAGGCCGUGCUGAGCAGAGCCCUCCGCCGACUGCGGCUGGGGAGUGCGGCUCCCGCCCACCGGGAGGAGGUCCUCAGCUUUGCUAACCGCACAGACCCUGCUGCUUCCACCUGCAGCUCUGCGCUCACCUUCCCGCUGGUCACUGCCCGCUCCCGGCACCUGCGCCGCGCCCGCCUCUGGCUGCAUGUGCUCCCCACGCUCCCCGCUACUCUUCACCUGAGGAUCUUCCGACGGGGCCCACGGAGCCGGCGCCACAGACACCGCCCGCUCUUGGCCCAGCACCGAGUGACAGCUCCGGGCUGGCACGCCCUGACUCUGCCCUCUAGUGGCCUGUGGGAUGAACAGCCUGGGGUCCUGAAACUCCAACUGGACUGCAGUCUGGAAGGCCACAGCACUGCUUUCCUGCAGCCCCUGCCGCUCCUGGACAUGGCGGGAGACCAGCGGCCCUUCCUGGAGCUCAAGACCCGGCCCAGCGGGUCCAGAGCAGGACGAGUCAAGAGGAGGAAGCCCACCUGUGAGUCUGAGACCCCCUUGUGUUGUAGGCGGGACCAUUACGUCGACUUCCGGGAGCUCGGCUGGCGAGACUGGAUCCUGCAGCCCGAGGGCUAUCAGCUGAAUUACUGCAGCGGACAGUGCCCUCCGCACCUGGCUGGCAGCCCUGGCAUCGCUGCUUCUUUCCAUUCCGCUGUCUUCAACCUCCUCAAAGCCAACAACCCUUGGCCCAAGACUACCUCCUGCUGUGUCCCCACUGCCCGGAGGCCUCUCUCUCUCCUCUACCUGGAUGGCAAUGGCAAUGUAGUCAAGACAGACGUGCCAGAUAUGGUGGUGGAAGCCUGUGGCUGCAGCUAGCAAGAGGACCAGGGCAACAGAGUGAUAAGAUCAUGUCUCAGGGGUCCCCCCUGAGCCACACUCCCACUCAGUGGGCCACCCAGCUGUGUGACUGGGCUGAGCCCUGAGGCACUUUCUUGCCCAGACUCUGGCCACUUGGGACUGGGGGGGGGGGGGGGUCUGAGGGGAGAUGAGGAAAGGGUAUCUUCUAAAGGAUUCUACUCAGAACCUGGGUGCUCCUACCCUGCACCUGAGGAAGGGAGGCAGGAGGGAGGGAGGAGGCAGAGAUAUUAGCCUCUGCCUUGGAACAAAAGUCCUCCAGUAAGAGAAGAGGGAGCAGAUAGGGGAGCAGGCAGGUCAGAGAUAAGAACUCUGGUGGUGCUUUUCCAUCAAAUGGAAGGGAUUUAGGAGAAUCCCAGAAAUGAGGUGCAGAUGGUAGGUUACUGAGCCCCAGGAGUGCCCUUGUUGCCCCCUUGGGGACAGAACCCACUGGUAAGACAAAUGUGUGUGUAGGACACCUUGUUAAUAAAGCUGAGGAGAAAGGAAUGCAUAAGUGUGAGUCAUAAAGAAGAGCUGAGGGGUGGUCUAGACCAGUGAUUCUCAAAGUGUGGCUUGGGAAACCUUGGGAAGCCCCUGAACCCAUUUCAGAGUAAGCACAAGAUGAGACUGGUCCCCAGAAUGUUAACUGGUUGGUUAUCUGCCUUUUGACUUGUCAUGAUUUCAAAAGCACACAGUUAUCCUGCAGAGGCAGUGUGGCCUCAUUUCUCUGACAUUGUUAGUAGGAGAUGCUUGAGCUUAUGUACUAGUCGCCAUUUUUAAUUUUCAGUAUGUUAUAUUGACAUAAACCAUGUAAAUAAAAGUUCAAAAAUU